CUCAUAUUUCAAACGCUCCCCCUCAGCUCACACAUUUCCAUUACACAUUUAUCCCAAAAUAUUUCAAAGAAUUCUAUAUUAGCAAUCUUUUAUUCUGUUCAAACACGAUGACCUCUCUGCUGGAUACGCCGAUAGUCUCCAUUUUCGACAUGAUGGUGGAACGUCACCAGAGGCUACGCCGUGAAUUGAAAGAAGCUGUCAAAGGAUCGAAUACAUUGUCACGCCGGCUGAAAGAGGAGCAGAAACCCAUCAUAAAAUCUAAGCCAAUUCCGAUGAAGAUGACUGAUACCCCUGAAUUCGACCUACCGUCACCAUGUCCGCCGAACGCGAUAACUGCCGCACAUUUGACCAAAAAGCAAACCUCCUUGAAAGUCCAGCCGCCGACGAACAAGGAGGUGAUCAAGAAACUGGUCGAGAAGAUAUCGAAAGGUCGUGGGCCCGUCGCAACCCCAAGUGAUCGCAAGUCUGGCAGGAAGACCACUGCCAAGUCCUCCAAGGUGGUGAUCAGCCCACAUCGGCGAAGGAGGAUGGCGGGUGGUCAGGGAUCAUUCCGUAGCAAGCAGAAGCCAAGCAAGCCCAAUAUCACUCAGAUAAAGCGCUCUCCUCUUUCCCCAAGAAAGAUGGAGCUUGGACACAAGGAUGAACCACCGAAGACCAAAGUGACUAAAGUGAAGACCACGAAGAUUUUAGCCGAGAAGUCGAGUGUCCAAAUGCGCAGCAGCAAGAUAUCAGAGAUCUCCGGCAAUGGAGAGGCUCCUCUCCGAAAACGCUGGCGUCUUUAAAAAUCUUAAGAAUAUUUGGUCCCUAUGCAUAUGGAACGUAGUCUAUGUUUCCAUUUCAAGUACUUAAAUUGUUACUUCGUAAUCAGAAGAUUUAAUCAAUAUGAUCUUGGAACUCACUUAAACCCACAUGAAGGCGAUAUAAAUUGAAAAUGUACUUCAGUUAGGUUUAUCUAGUUUAUAUACGCGAAUAAAAAUUAUUUCAAAUUAAUUAAAAUCACCCUUGUAACAUGGUAUCCCUUUAUUAAAUUAACCAUUUUUGUUUUUAUUUGUAUUUAUUUGGUUUUAUAAUAAAUUAGAAUUUUCAUUACUGCAGCUUAACAUUCGGUUUCUUAUUCUUAAAUGUUAUGUUCACUAAGCCUAAAUUGUGACACAAAUUUUAAGCCAAUUUUGCUACGGGCCAAAUUGAUUUGACAAGAAUUAGUUUUUAGUGUGGGAUGAACCAACAUUUUAAUUUAGUUUCGCUUACAUCUAAACGUAUCUUCUUAAAUAUUCUGCUUUACUUUCUUUUUAACCUCUUCACAUUAUUCUUCUGCUUGUUUUUCCUUUAGCUUUUGCUUUGUUUUGUUUUUGCUCUGUUAAUUUAAAAUGCAACUACUACGAACUAACAAUACUUGGCCAUACAUAUGGUUCAUAUAUAUAGUGUAUAUAGAGUAUGCAAUUAUUGGUUUAAAUCUUGCCUUGCGUUUUAGAUUGAAUAGUUUGAAGUAUCUGGUAUCUGAUUCUUGUAUUGGUAUCGGUAUCGUCUGUAAACGGGCGCCAAAAACGGGUAAAGGUAAAGAGUUAGGAGGAGUUAUACAAAAGAACGAAAACAUUGCUCACAAUUGUUUCGAUUGGUUUUACAAAAAUAUUGUACACAAUAAAUAUUUUGUAUAAUCGUUUUUAUCAAAUUCUCUCUAGCCAUAUAUUGGCAAUUAUAUUAUAGUUAUAAUUAUAAUUAUAUACUCUCCAGUUUGCCGGUUUUGCGCUUGCUCGACAUUUAAAUGAAUUUUCUAAAACAAAAAUUCAGAGCGCUCUCUCUUGAUUUGUUUCGGUUUUUGGUAUGUUGUGAGAUAUGAAAUACUUGAGGAAUUCGUAGAUACAUUUGUCUAAAGCAAAGCAAAGCAAACAGGUGCUACGCGUAAAUGCCGUGGUAAAAACAAAACAAUUGCUCUAAUCUAACUAAAAUGCAGCUACUUAUGACGUAAAUUACACUGCGCUUUUCUUACGGGUAAAACAUAAUCAUAAAUAUGCAUAAAUGACAUAUCGGUUUGUGUCCUCCAUUUUUCUUAUGUGUGUUGGGGGUUUGUGACUAAAUUUUAGUUGAAUUUUAAAUUCAAUUUCAGAUUUUUUGGUGGCUUUGCUCUUGGCCCAAAACAUUGCAUUGGGUGUUUUGCUAGCUUGUCGAAGACAAUUGGAUUGGAUUAACUUUACUUGCACAACAUUUUGUUUAAUUUAUAUUACUGCUAGCGUACAAUGAUUUCAGCCAAAGUUCUUUCAGU